AUGGGUCCCGCCAAAGACGCUUUAAGAAGGCUGAGCAGCAAGUUUGGUCGCGAUUAUCUCGAGCGCACCCUUUUGAAGAAGGAUGCUCCUUCUGCUCAAUCAAGAGAUCUUCUGCUGACGGGCCAGCCUGCUGAAGGCGGGCCGGCACACGAUGGGCUACCUUUUUACGUGCCACGCUUCUCAACGUCUACACUCGACGAGGGAGUUUUCGCAGAUACUACCCCAAGUGGAGGAACAGUAACGCUUGUGGUUCGAAAUCCAACGGAAAGAACAUCAGGGGACAGUCAAUUUAUGCUUCCCCCUUAUGAGUCUCCUGCUACUGAGUCCGCUGCUACUGAGUCUUCUGCUACUGAGUCUCCUGUUGCCGAGCCUCAGCAUCGAGAACAUGACGACAAUUUAGGUCCCGACGCCAUCACUGCGGCCCCGCCUAGACGGACGCACUCGCGCUCGGACUUUUCAGAGGCAACGACGGCGAAUACCAACCAGAGGUUGGAUUCAGGAAAGCCUCGAUACUGCUUCAUGUGUGGCAACGCCUUGGCAACCAAGCAAUCGCCCAACGGCGAGAAACUCGCCUACCUUCCAUGCGGCCACGCUUUCGGGCACGAUUGCCUGUUUACAUGGAUCUCGAGACCCGAAAGUCUCGGCAAGUGCCCCGACUUCCCUUGUAUCCCUAUGCGGCAUUUUUGUGAGCACUGGACGUUGCCAAAAGAAACACCGCCGGCCGAGCCCUUCAAAGACGCCGAUGCGGGCGUCUUACCUUGGAAUUAUGAGUUCUGCUCAACUCCCAAAGCCCUGAAAAUACUCAAAGUCAUCAAUACGUCAGGCGACAAAGUGAGACGGCUGGAUGCCCAGAAAAGGGACAGGAAAAAGUCCAAUUUCGACUUGGCGAUGCAGUCCCGGCUAAAAUACCAUUCGACGAUAGUUGAACAGGCCGAGAGAAGACUGGACGAGGCGCAGAAGAUUUGGUGGACAAACUGUUGGAAAGAGUUUGGUGAUGGGGAGAAGAAGAAAAGCAGAGGGUGGCUAUGGCAACGAGCCAGGAGAAGCAACGCCAAUACGGACUAA